AUGUCUACGUUAAUUCCACCUCAGUCAAAGAAACAGAAAAGAGAGGCGCAGAAGCCGAGGGAGGCUAAGAUCAUCCCCGAUAACCUACCGAAUGUGUCCAUACGGCUGCAGGCCUUAGACUCCGGUGAGAAUGUCGGUGGGGCGCUAAGAGUGCCCGGUGGGAUCACCGAGAAACAGUUGGAGGAAUUGUUGAAUCAAUUGAACGGUACUGGUGAUGACCCUGUUCCUUACACGUUUAGCUGUGACAUUCCUGGGAAACAGCAGAAAACUGUUGAUAUCACGGACAACCUGUACAGCGCGGUCUUGAAACCAGAGUACUAUUCAACGGAGGACACCAUCACAUUGAUGUUUACUCCGAGGGCUAUCUUCAAAGUUAAACCCGUGACGAGGUCAGCUUCUGCGAUUGCAGGGCACGGUUCCACGAUCCUGUGUUCGGCGUUUGCUCCAGACACCAGCAGCAGAAUGGUAACAGGUGCCGGUGACAACACGGCUCGUAUCUGGGACUGUGACACACAGACACCGCUAGCCACCCUUGAGGGACACUCGAACUGGGUGCUCUGCGUGUCGUGGUCUCCUGACGGCGAGGUUAUCGCUACUGGGUCCAUGGAUAGCACGAUCAGGUUAUGGGAAUCGACGAAGGGGAAACCUGUCGGUGGUGGUAACGGUUCCUCCUCUGCUUUAAAGGGCCAUAUGAAAUGGAUCACGUCCCUGUCGUGGGAACCGCUCCAUCUGGUGCCGGACGGUGCGAAACCGCGGUUGGCGUCUGCCUCUAAGGAUGGGACGAUCAAGAUCUGGGACACGGCAAGAAGAGUAUGUUUGUACACGCUGAGUGGGCACUCUAACUCAGUUGCAUGUGUCAAAUGGGGUGGCGAGGGCCUGUUAUAUUCCGGUUCCCACGAUAAGACGGUUAGAGUGUGGGAUAUGAAUAGUGCUACAGUCGGCAAGUGCAUCAGUAUCUUGAAAAACCAUGCCCAUUGGGUCAAUCACUUGUCUUUAUCGACCGACUAUGCCUUGAGGAUUGGACCCUUUGACCACACUGGUGUAAAACCAAGCACACCAGCGGAGGCGAAGAGAAGGGCGCAGGCCAAUUACGAUAAAGUCGCCAAGCGGAACGGGUCUGCAGAGGAACUGAUGGUCACGGCAAGUGACGACUUCACAAUGUUUUUGUGGAACCCAAAAAAAUUAACGAAACCGCUCGCAAGAAUGACGGGCCAUCAGAAACUGGUCAACCACGUUGCCUUCAGCCCUGAUGGCAGAUACAUCGUUUCGGCGUCCUUUGACAACUCGAUCAAACUAUGGGACGGAAGAGACGGGAAGUUUCUAUCCACGUUCAGGGGCCACGUCGCCAGUGUAUACCAAGUAGCAUGGUCGUCGGAUUGCAGGCUGCUCGUAUCCUGUUCUAAGGACACUACUUUGAAAGUUUGGGAUGUCAGAACAAGGAAGUUGUCUGUUGAUCUCCCCGGCCACCAGGACGAAGUAUUCACUGUCGAUUGGAGCGUGGACGGUAAACGGGUGUGCAGCGGUGGUAAGGACAAGAUGGUGAGGAUAUGGACCCACUGA